ACUUAAAAUCUGUUGGUGGAUUGACAGAGUUUUGCAUCAGUAGGUCAACUAUGCAGUGCGUUGACUCGAUGUCAGAGCUGCACUUUUGUCCUUCACGCGCGCAGUCAUGUGGGCAAGUUCACAAGUUCAUCGUGGGAGGAUCUAUCUGCAGGGACGCCUUGCAUCUCGCAUUUCAUCAACGAGCUGGCACCAUUUUGCAUCAUUUCAAAACUUCGAGCACGAUAAGAGGGUCGAUAUGGCUCCAUCUCUGCGAACGCCAGGUGUUUUCCAAUUGCUCCUGAUGCUACAACUUACCUUAAACUGGAUACGGAGUGACGUAGAGGCGAUUCGAGCCGUCAAUCCUCCCGUCAGCACGACAGGCGUGGUAGGACAUGAGGCAGAGUUCUCCUGCUCAGUGGCGGACAAAUCAGCGAAUGAAAUAUUGACAUGGAGACUUGAGUGGGAAGGAACAGACUCCCCACAGUUUGUGCACUUGACAGCUGGGCAGAAUACCACGACGUUUAUCGUAGACGAAGAGCUCUUUCAAAAAAAACAUGCCACCUACACAACAAGAUACAGUGUGAAUGGAUCCAUACACACGACCGUACUACACCUGGAUAACAUCCAAACAUCGGAUGAAGGAAGUUUCGCUUGUGUAUAUCAGAUUACCAUAGGCAGUUCAAUCAUAACACGGAUGAUUCCGGAUUACGGCCCCGUACGACUCACUGUAUGGAUACCCCCCUCGCCAACAUGUUCCUACAGCAACCUUGAAAGCAAUGCGACUGCGCACAGCAACACUACGACCGGUCCGACUGUGGAGCUCAGGUGCGCAGACACGCUUGGCGUACCGUCACCGGAGUUAAACUGGCGCACGGAUGAUCGUAGACUAAAUGCGGAAAACCCGCACGUCUAUCAAUACGAGCUUCAACCAGAUGAUAACGGAAGAUGGUUCCACUGUGAGGCAACCAGUCCAGCAACGCGAGAGCCAGUUAUCUGUAGCGUACGACCCAUGAGAGAUGCCCCAACGGCUGAAGUGACGCCAAAACUGCUUCAACUUAUGGAAGGGGCGGGAAACAUCGAGUUUAUCUGCAUUGGCAACGGCCUGCCGGAGAUUGUGUCUUACCAGUGGUUUAUCGAUGGUUCCCCAACCUUCACAGUAGAUCAUAGAAUCUACUCCAACAUCAAAGUGACAAAUGCUGGAACUGGAUCAGUUCUUACUAUUGAGUACAUUUCCAAACUCGGACGGACUGUGGUAUCUUGUGAAGUUAUGGUGACAGCAGGGUUUACGGGGCAAGCGAGCGGGAGCGUGGUUAUCUACGAACAAGAAAAAUCAAUCAUGUACACACAACCCGUCAAGAAACAAGCUCAUUUUAAAGUUGAAGCAGUAAAGCUUGGAAUGAAACCAUCCGUAUAUGCAAUGCCCCUCGCUGUGCUCUUCUUAAUCUUCAUCCUAGUUCUUGUUUUAUUCAUCUGGUCUCGUAAACUAAAACGCCGGGACGAGGCUGCACACCGCCAUACUCGGAAACUUUCCCCCAGUGAAGUGAUUGCGAAUGGGGAAGCUACCAAGCCGUUCAGAGCCUACAGGGUAACUACCGUGUAAACACACUCCAAGAAGUACCCAAGGA